AUGAGUCUGCUGAGGCCCAGCGGGCUGAAGGCCCCCACCAAGAUCCUCAAGCAUGGGAGCUGGGCCCUGAAGGCGCCCUCGGCCGCGGCUGCUCCCGUUGAGAAGUCCGUGCCUGGGGAGAAAACCCCCAGCGCCCCCUCCUCGGAGACGCAGGAGGAGUUUGUGGACGACUUCCAGGUCGGGGAACGAGUCUGGGUGAAGGGGAACAAGCCUGGAUUCAUCCAGUUCCUCGGGGAGACCCAGUUUGCCCCUGGUCAGUGGGCCGGGAUCGUCUUGGACGAGCCCAUCGGCAAGAACGACGGCUCGGUGGCGGGUGUGCGCUACUUCCAGUGCGAGCCGCUGAAGGGCAUCUUCAUCCGGCCGUCCAAGCUGAGCAGGAGCUGGCAGGCCGACGAUGAGACCAACGGCCUGCAGCCAGCGCCUGCUGCCCGGGCCACACCGCCCCUGUCGGCCGCCCCGGCCCCUGCGGCCGCCCCGAAGGCACCCCAGCCCUCCGCGAAGGAGGCACCGGCCACCCCUCACAUCAGCAACCUGACCAGGACGGCCAGCGAGUCCAUCUCCAACCUCUCGGAGGCUGGCUCCCUCAAGAACGGGGAGCAGGAGCUGAAGCUCGGGGACCGGGUGCUGGUGGGAGGCGUGGAGGCCGGUGUGGUGCGCUUCCUCGGGGAGACGAACUUCGCCAAGGGGGAUUGGUGCGGCGUGGAGCUGGACAAGCCGCUGGGCAAGAACGAUGGCGCCGUGGCCGGAACGAGGUACUUCCAGUGUCAGCCCAAGUACGGCUUGUUUGCUCCCAUUCACAAAGUCACCAAGAUCGGCUUCCCCUCCACGACGCCGGCCAAGGCCAAGGCGGCCCCCGCGAGGCGUGUGAUGGCCACCACCCCCGCCAGCCUGAAGCGCCGCCCGUCGGCCUCCUCGCUCAGCUCCGUGAGCUCCGUGGCCUCAUCCGUGAGCAGCAGGCCCAGCCACACGGGACUAUUGCCAGAAACCUCCUCUCGCUAUGCCUGCAAGAUCUCCAGCACAACCGCCCUCCAGGAGGCGCUGAAGGAGAAGCAGCAGCACAUUGAGCAGCUGCUGGCCGAGCGAGACCUGGAGCGGGUGGAGGUGGCCAAGGCCACGAGCCAUGUGGGGGAGAUAGAGCAGGAGCUGGCCCUGGGGGACGGGCACGACCAGCACGUCCUGGAGCUGGAGGCCAAGAUGGACGAGCUGCGGGCCAUGCUGGAAGCGACCGACUGGGAGAAGGUGGAGCUGCUGAACCAGCUGGAGGAGGAGAAGAGGAAAGUGGAGGACCUCCAGUUCCGAGUCGAAGAGGAGUCCAUCACCAAAGGCGACCUGCAGAAGGAGGUGAAGGCCCUGCAGGCGGCCUCCGAGAAGCUCGCCAAGGAGAACGAGGGGCUGAGAACUAAGCUGGACCAUGCCAACGAGGAAAACACGGACGUGAUCGCCCCGUGGAAGUCCAAGCUGGAGACGGCCAUCGCCCCGCACCAACAGGCCAUGGGCGAGCCGAAGGCGUCCGUGAGCCGGGGCGUGGGCGCCGAGGCGGCCGAGCUGGCCGAGCUCAAGAUGCAGAUGGAGAGGCUGCAGUUCGAGUACCAGCAGGAGGUAGAGAACUCGAAGGCCCAGCAGGUGGCUGAGCGUGCAGCGCACGCCUUUGAGCUGCAGACGCUCAGGUCGCGGCUGGUCAGGACAGCCCAGGAGCAGAAGAACAGCCUGGAGGCCGCGCGGGCCAAGCUCGACCAGACCGAGGACCAGCACCUGGUGGAGAUGGAGGACGCCCUGAACAAGCUGCAGGAGGCGGAGACGAAGGUAACGCACCUGGAGGGGUUGCGGGCCAUGUGUAGGCAGCAAAUGUAA